AUGACAGAAGAUAAGUCGCAGGUUAAGAUCAGAUUUUUCACACGUGAGAAAGAUGAAUCACUACAUGUUCAAGAUACUCCAAUGUACGCACCGAUCUCGUUGAAGAGAUAUGGGUUGUCCGAAAUUGUUAAUCAUUUGUUGGGCUCAGAUAAACCCGUUCCUUUUGAUUUCUUGAUUGAUGGUGAGUUGUUACGUACUUCGUUGCACGACUAUUUGACCAGAAAAGGUUUAUCGAGCGAAGCCUCGUUGAAUGUAGAAUAUACCAGGGCAGUUCUUCCACCAUCCUACCUGAAUAGCUUCAGUAAUGAGGAUUGGGUUAGCUCCUUGGAUGUCGGUGACGGUUCUAAACAUAUCGUUAGUGGUUCUUACGAUGGUAUAGUUCGUACUUGGAAUUUAUCAGGUAACGUGCAAAAGCAAUAUAGUGGUCAUUCCGGCCCUAUUCGUGCAGUUAAAUACAUUUCGAAUACAAGGUUAGUUUCCGCUGGUAAUGAUCGUACUUUGAGAUUGUGGAAAACCAAAAAUGAUGAUUUGAAAUUAACCUCGCAACAACAGGUACAAGAGGACGAUGAUGAAGCAAACAUAGAGGACGGUAAGACACUGGCUAUCUUGGAAGGCCAUAAGGCACCAGUAGUCUCUAUUGAUGUUUCAGACAACUCAAGAAUAUUAUCUGCGUCAUACGACAAUUCCAUUGGGUUCUGGUCUACUAUUUAUAAGGAAAUGACUGUUGUUGAUCCCUUAGAAGAUAUAAAUAAUCCAAAUAAUAAAAUAUCCACUGCUGCUAGGAAAAGAAGAAAAUUGACUAUGAAAGACGGUACCAUUAGGAGACGUGCUCCCCUGUCUCUGUUAGAAUCCCAUACAGCUCCCGUAGAGCAAGUGAUUUUUGAUUCUACAGAUAAUACCGUUGGUUAUUCAGUAUCGCAAGAUCAUACCAUCAAGACAUGGGAUUUGGUCACCGCAAGAUGCAUAGACACAAGAACAACAUCGUACUCGUUGCUCUCCAUUGCACAAUUGUCUACUUUGAACUUGUUGGCAUGCGGGUCCAGCGCCAGGCACAUCACAUUGCAUGACCCACGUGUAGGAGCGUCUUCUAAAGUUACACAGCAACAGCUAAUUGGCCAUAAGAACUUCGUUUCUUCUCUGGACACUUGUCCCGAGAAUGAGUAUAUUUUGUGCUCAGGUUCUCACGAUGGUACCGUGAAGGUAUGGGACGUCAGAUCCACUUCUCCAAUGUACACCAUAACAAGAGAAGACAGUUCGGUCCAAAAGGGUGUCAAUGAUAAAGUUUUUGCUGUCAAAUGGGCUGAAAAAGUGGGUAUCAUCAGCGCUGGUCAAGACAAAAAGAUUCAAAUAAAUAAAGGAGACAACAUUUUCAAAAACUAA